AGACUUUUUUACUCUCGUUAUUUUGCUAGUAUAUCCUUGUGAAAUUUCUACUAAAUUUCUGCGGUUUCGUGCGGUUUGUGCUUCGAUUAAGACUUCAACAACAGUUUCGUAAGAUCAAAAUCAGAAAUUGAGAUGUCUUCAGAAGAGGCCAGGAGUCUGGUGGGGAGUGAAGUGAUGCCUUUGGAGUAUGGUAGUAUGGAUAUGGAGAGCAGUCCGUCUCCAACGAGUUCGGAGAGGACGGUGGAGGAGAGGAGGGAAGAAGUAGUAGUAGAGGAGGAGGAAGAGGAGAUCCCUUCAAACGUGUUAGAAUCUGGGGGUGGCGUAGAUGGGUGCUAUGACCCGGACUUAGAGAUAGUGUCUGAGGUGAGGGGGUAUGUGAGCGAAUUAGGUAGUAGGAGUAGCCUUAGGGGGUUAGUGGGAAACUAUAACCUUCCCCACCAUGUCCUAAUCCGGCCAGCCGAGGUGAAUGAGAGGGCAUGCUCAGCACCCCGAGACCAUUGGAUGCCCAUAUACCUGUAUUAUUUGAUUGCAGGGCUUAGGUUUCCCAUUCCAGAGUUACUGGUUGGGCUUUUAUUAGAUUAUAGUAUAGGAAUAACCCAGCUAACUCCCAAUGCCAUGAGGGCAGUAAUAGGUUUUCUUGUAUACUGCAGAGUUCGGGGGGUUGGGGUCCCGACAGUAAAUAUGUUUAAACAUUUUUUUAUAAUUAAGGCUGGGGGUAGGGGGGAGAAGGGAUGGUUCUACUUCGGCCCUCGGUCGUCCAACAAAGGGAAUAGGACUUUAUUCUCUGCUGGACCGUCAUCCAUCAAAGGGUGGAAAGAAAAAUUCUUCUUUGUGGACGACACCGAGUGGAGUAGGAGGGAUGCCGAAGUGGAACAGUUGUCUGCUUGGAAAGCUAAGAAAACCAAGCAAAACAACUAUAAGUUAAAUGAGGAUGAGGUGGGGGAGGUGGAGAAGCUAGUGAGGGAGGACGGAGACGUGGUGGACAUCCUAUACCUCACCAGUCCGCAGGCAAUAGAGGCUGCUAAGCUCUAUGGGCCAAGCUCAUUGAGCGAAGCUGAGAUGGAGGAGUUUACCAAUGCUGCUGGGGGGCUGCGCAUCCCAAAGAAGCCAAGAAAGAAGUCAACGACUUCAACUGCGGCGAACAGAGGGGUGCCCGAGAGAGAGCGCCUGCCCAGCACUUCUGCCCGGGCCAUGGAGGUGCAGCCAAGGCCGGAGCCUGUGAUAGGGGGCAGCGAGGAUUUCGUGCCUCAACCUUCUCCUCCAGAAAUCGAUCCUGAGGUCCGGGAGAGGGAAGAGGCCGAGGUGCAAGGCCUUAGUGGGGGUAGGGAGCGCACCCCACCCCACGCGUACCAGAAAAGUUUGUUUGAGGCGACAAACAUGACUGGGGUGAAGCACUUUCUCAACGCUACGCUUCUUGACGUGGAUAGGAUGCAAGCGAAGAACGAGGUGCUUAGCCAUGCGGGGUAUACCGUUGUGAGGCAUGCCCUAGAGAGUGCGAGCUGGACAAAUGCUCUAGCGCAGGAGUAUACAGAGAGCGUUAGAGAUCGUGCCAGCUUGCAGAGGCAGUGCGAUGCCCUGCGAAAGGAGAAGGAGGAGCUGCAGAAGGAAAAGGGGGAUGUCUUGAGCACGAAACUCUCUCUUGAGGAACGUAAAAGGAAAAUUUGCGAAGAGAAGCUCGAGGCUCAAGACAAAUAUAUCGAGAGCCUGAAGAAAGGGGCAGUGGAGCUGAAGAAAAACGUGGAGCUGUUGGUGCAUAAUGGGAUGGAGGGACAUAUUGGCAACUUCCUCAACUCUAGCACCUUCGAGGGCAUCCUUAAGCUGUACCGGCUGCCAACCGCCAUCCUGGCCUUCACCGACUGCAGAAAGAAGGUGAAGGCCCAGUACCCAGAGGUGGAUGUGACAACGGUCACCUUUGGGGAACAAGAGGAAGGAGUGGAGGAAGAUGGCGAGAGUCUCUGUGCGGACUUCCGUCCUCAGAUUACUCUAAGGUGGGAGCAUGAUGCAGAGGGGCACACCAUAUUUCCUCCAACCUUUGAUGCUGAGUUGGUGGCCGUGGAGGGAGAAGAAGAAGAAGAAGAAGGAGCGUUAGGCGCUGGUUUUGGGGAUCAGGCAGCAAUGGCUGAAGUGCAGCCUCCCGAGGUGCAUCCAGUCUCCUCUGACGAGGUGCAGCAGCUGGCCCCUCCUGAAGUAGAAGUGCCGCCUCAGCCUGCUGAAGAUGGACCCAGAUCCCCACCUUUUCCUACUGAGGAGCAGCCUCCUCCUCCAGCAGAGUAGUUUAGGAUUUUCUUUGCAUUAUUGAUGUAAAUAACAUUGUUAUAUAAAAAUUUUUGAAUUGA